AUGGCGUCGUCUCUGCUCAUGAAACCAACAGUCACCUGUAACAAAGAUGAGGUGUAUGUUGCGGCAGUGCCUCUAAGAGCCACAAAAGGACCUGCCCAGUUCAUCACCUCUACUGCUUACUCUCUCAAUCUAUGGGAUUUGCAGCACUUCAUGGUCAUCAUUAAACCCUCCUCACCACCGCCACAUUCUCAGGCUUUGGUUUUUGAUUUUCAACCUAAAGAUCCUGAAAACAUAUAUGCAGCACUUGCAGUUCUAUCUGGUAAAUCAGUACCAGGAGUUAUUCUAACGAGGAGGUUAUCAAAGCUGCCAAGAACCAAAUGCUGGUUUGUGGGAUCUUCUAAAGCAGGUGCCAUCGAUAUUGCUAGGGAAUUUAACAAAGGCUGGGAAACUCAUUUAAGGGUUGGCCAUCAUGACUGUCGAAACUAUACCAAUGCUUCAGGCAGAUGGGAAACAUUCAACCUUUCUUCAAUUGUUCACUGGCAGCAAAUACUGUUCAACAAUAGCAAGGAUUUUAUGUCAAUCAGCAGAAUUACAAGGAAAGAAGCUUACACAAAAAUACAAGAAGCUUUGCACAGAAUUACAACUUUACAAGGAAUUGAAGGAAAGAAGCUUAGAAGUCACCCAUAGUUUGCACUUCACCUGUUAAAAAUGGUAUCAACCUCAUCGAGUCUUCCUAGAUGAACAACAGUUUGAAACCAUGCUGGCAUCCCUUCGAAUUCAAGCUCUGUAAAAUUUCCAGUAGUUGGGUCAUAAAGAGCUAAAUCCCUACCUUGGUACUCCAACAAGAUAUGGCCACUCUCCGAAAUAUUCAGAACCCGAAUAUAUGCUUCUCUUGCUUUCUCUGCAAUUUUUGAUAUCUUCCAAUAUUGGUUGUUGUUGUUGCCAUCAAUCUUUUGUUCCAAUGCCUGUGGAAUGCGACUUCCUAUGCUCCACUCUUUAACCCAUGAUUCUUUGGCACCAUACAUCUUCAUAACCCAUAUAUCCAACUGCCCAUUUCUGCGUAAACCAGCUGAACGUCUGCAUAUACCAACUGCAGCAAGACAACCUCUUACAACCAGAGCCUG